UGUAUUCUUCAUUUGGAAGUUAUUUUUUUACGAAGGAUUAGGAGAUUCUGAAGCUUCGGUAAAGUCGAGCAGGAACAGGUAAUUAUAACUUCGAGCACUUGUGCGUGCGUAAAGUGGAUGUCGGGGCGCGCACACACAUCACAUCACUGCGGGAGCAGCUGCUGUCAGACGCGUUACUCGGAGUGGGAGUGAAGGCUAUGGACGAUUCACCGACUGAUUCACCUCUCACAGUGGAACAACCGUCCACAAAACAUCCUCUACGGUGUCUGCUUUCGCUCCGUGCACUGAAAAUGACGCGCGCGGACAACAACCGGUGAUCUCCCCGCUUUCGCAGGUGUUCGCGGCAGAAGACUUUUGUUUGGCGGUGUGUGUGUGUGUGUGUGUCUUUUUUUUCUCGGAUAUGGCACAUUUCAGGAUCCAUUAGGAGAAUUUUUUAAGAGCGUCAGAACGCGUCUGCGGCGCGGGAGAGCGGUGGAGGGACGAGGAAACUUGCGUGGCGCAGGAGACGGUCUCCCCUUUUCCAAUCGGCGCUGCCGCGCGGCUGUGACAGAGAAGAAGGGAGCCAUGGUGAAGUCCCUCAUUCUGAUGCUCAGCUGGACUGCGAUCUUCGAGGUGGCGGCGGCCCAGAACGACACGGAGCCCAUCGUCCUGGAGGGGAAAUGUCUGGUGGUGUGCGACUCCAACCCGGCCACGGACUGGAAGGCUUCGUCCUCCCCGCUCGGCAUCUCGGUGCGCGCCGCCAACUCCAAGGUGGCUUUCUCCGCAGUCCGGAGCAACAACCACGAGCCGUCGGAGAUGAGCAACAAGACGAGAAUAAUCUACUUCGAUCAGGUGCUGGUGAAUAUAGGAAACUACUUCACUUUUGAAUCAGUAUUUCUGUCCCCGAGGAAAGGAGUCUACAGCUUUAACUUCCACGUGAUUAAAGUGUACCAGAGCCAAACCAUACAGGUGAACUUGAUGUUGAACGGAAAACCCGUCAUCUCUGCCUUUGCGGGCGAUAAAGAUGUAACGCGCGAGGCGGCCACCAACGGAGUUCUGCUCUAUCUUGAAAAAGAGGACAAAGUCUACCUAAAGCUGGAAAAGGGAAACUUAGUUGGUGGAUGGCAGUACUCGACGUUUUCUGGCUUUCUUGUGUUUCCUCUGUAAAAAAAAAAAAAAAAAAAAGAAAAAGAAAAGAAAAAAGAAAAUAAGAUUUUAAAAAAAGAAGAUUGAUUGUAAGCUUCCUGACUUCUUCAUAAUGUGUUGUCACGGUAUAAUCAAAACAUUUCUGCUGCUGCAUCUGAUGGAUCUUUCCAGCUGGCUGAUAGAUGGAAACGGAUCACAACAGAGGGAGGAAAUAAGACUUUGGAAACUGUUCACAUUCCCAGUCUCCGUCCAGAUGAAAGAGGCUUGAAAUGUUCCCUGUCGCUACUGUAUGUUCCCGUCACUCAAGCAGCCUCAGAGAGGAACACCGAAACCUCCCAGAAGUACUUUUUGAACUUUGGCUUGUUGGAAUAUGUUAAGCAUACUGAUUCCUCCCUCCGGUUUUGUUGUUUCUCAUGGCGACUGUUGCAUUCA